CUGAUAUAAUGACGUAUAGUUUUAUUCUUUCACUUAUGUGACAUUAGUUUGACAAUGAAUAUUUUCUGCUUAGGUUAUACAGAGUGAUAAAUAAUUGGAUUACCACUAGCUUUUUAAAAAAAUACUGUCUGUUAAGUAGAACAGCGGAGGACCUGGAUCAGAAAGAAAUGGCGUCAUCAAAAAAAGGCAAUGGUUCCCACAAGACUAAUGAUAUGGCCAAACAAAUAGAGCAGUUGGAGAUUUCACGAAGACGAGCAGCCGAGGAUGUUGAUCAGAAAGAGGUGGAAGAAAUGGUUGUCUACGAAAAACAAAAACCAGUAUCGUUGCUGGGAAGGAUUUUCAACAAAGUGACUCUGAGCGUAUUUGAAGAAAGUAAAUCCGAUAGACGCAAACGAUUAAGAAGAGAACUUAAAGAAAGUCGCGCACACGAUAGGAGAAUCGAGGACCUCAAAAAACAUGGUGUCAAUCUACUUGGCCCUCACGGUGAUGUCCGAAUUGCCCUACUUGGUAAAACCGGUAUAGGCAAAAGCCAUUUGGGAAACAAUCUGUUGAAAAUGAAAAUCUUCAAAUCAAAUGUAAGUUUUGCAUCCGUCACAAAACAGUGCAAAUUUGAGGAGAGGCAACUUGAUAAAAAUACCAGUCUUUUGGUUAUUGACACACCUGGCUUGUUCGAUACCAAGGAACCAAAUGAGACAACUAGUAAAGAAAUAGUACGAAGUAUAGCACUUGCUGCCCCUGGUCCACAUAUCUAUAUAUUUGUCAUCGGGCUGGGAAGAUUCACACCAGAAGAAGUCAAUACUGUGAAUAUUCUCCAAGAAGUUUUUGGUGAACGAGUCCUAAAACAUGUCAUUGUUGUAUUUACACGUAAGGACGAUUUGGAUGGGGCGCCACCGAAUGAAUUCAUUGAAAAUGCACCUUCUGAAUUGCACGACCUAAUAAAAAAAUGUGGAUAUAGGUUCGCCUUCAUCAAUAACAAGGCAGAUCCAGAUACCUUACAAGAAGAUGUUGACGUUAUAUUGGAUUUGAUCUUUAAAACUAUUGGCGAAAAUCAGGGAGCCUACUACACGAACGACAUGUAUGAGGAAGCUGAAAAAAUUGUUGACGGAAAGAGAAAGGAAAUACAAAAUGAAAAGGAACGCCAACAAGAAAAACUUCUCCAAGAAAAGAAUGAAAUUCUUAAUGCAGUGACAAAAUCCUGUGGUGAGGAAAUGGAUAGACGAUUAAUUAAGGACACUCAAGACACAGAACAGAAACUGGAGAAGAAAAGGCGCGAGUUAGAAGAACUUGAAGAGCGUAGGCGCAAUUUAGAAGAGAACACGAAAGAAGAAGUACGUCGACUCAUGGCCUUUAACGAAGAACAAACACGAAUUCGUGAACAAGAGGAAAUAAGAUUUCGAGAGAUGCAAAAAGAAGAUAGUAGGCUAAAAAAGCUAGAAGAGGAAAAUAAACGUCUACAAGAAGAAGCGAGAAAAAGAAAACAGGAACUCGCAGAGGAAGAAGAACGGCGUAAGAAGCUAGAGGAAGAGUUGCAGAAAAAAGUUAAAGAGGACCAGAAUUCGGCCUUUUCCAAAGGAUUGAAAAAAAUUGCUGAUGUUGAAAACCGGAUUUUGGAAAACACACAGAUUAAUUCCAACAGGCAGGCAAAGAAGCAGGUUGAAUCCAAUGACUCAUUUCUUGGUAAAAUAGGGUCCUCUAUCCGUCAAGCUGGUGCAGGUGCUCUGGACUGGGUAAAGAGCUGGUGGAGCUAGAGUUUGAUAUUUGAAACGUUGAAAAGGGCAUCCUGGGUUUGUUAGAACUAAUUAGCUUAGAACUGCAAUGCUAGAACUUUAUAAUCAGUUAUUACAAUAGCUCAACAAUUAUGAUUUUGCCAUGUUUAACAUAUUCGCACGUCCUCUUUCCCAUUCAACCUGAUACAUUAAUUAGUAAGUUCAUUUAUAUAGCCAAUAUGUAGUUUAUGCGGAUUUAGUCGUCGCGCACGUCCGUCUUCAAGAAUUGCUUUUUAACAGUUUCCGACAGAAAACGUUCUUUUUAACGGUAUACAGGCUAGAGUUGUUGAAAGAAUAAUUUUGAAACAUGCCAUGAUCAUAAACUCCACGAGAAGAUGAUUCGCCUCAAUUUCCAGUAUUCGUUUGGAGUUACUGUCCUUGUCACCCAGACAUCGCGAUUGCUCUUAAAGCGAUAUUGGCUAGUGUUUCUGAUGGACUUGUUUUUUUUUGUUGUGAAGCAUUGGAAUGAACCUAAUGGGAUUCCGUAUUCCGUGACUUCUGGAGUUUCCUCAACUUUACUGAAAACAUUGUUAAUGUCAUCGAACAGUUUUUAACAUUUGGUGUGCUUCAAAUUUGGUGUGUUUCAAAUUUGGUGUGAUGCAUAGCACUCGGGGGGGGGGGGGGAUUAACCAUAUCGAGAUUCAAUUUUGAUUUGGGAUCUAAGAGGAUGAAGCUCGUAUUGCAUGACUUUGUCUUCCAGGGAUAUAGUAUGUUUGCAAAAUUCUUGUAAACGGAAUAAAAAUAGAUAUUUUGAAUACGCUGUUGUCUAUGGCUGUAUGAUAUUUAUGACUGCCGUGUUGGGGGGGGGGCGUAUUUCCAUGCUUGGCGUGACUAUCUUUCUAUCUUAUGCAAUUUUUCGUUUUAGAAAGAUAUAACAUAGACAACAAGCAAAAGUAAAACAAAAUUAGAAGACAUACACAAACAUGACGCAUUUCCUACACAACAUAUAACAUAAAUUUAAUUUUGAUAAUUAUUUCGAAACAUUAGAGCGUUUAUAGAAGGUUGGUAUAUUGAGCUUAUUCUGUACAAUUUUUGUAUUUUAUUCCAAGUUUGGAUUUAGGAACAGUACAAACUAAUUUAACUGAUUUCUAUUUGAUGAAGGUAAAGUUCUAGCUGGAAAAUAUUGUGAUAAUGAAUCGGUCAAAUAAGCUUGGACAGAAUGUUCGUUGAUAUCGGUUUUUAUCUUAAAAGUGAUCUUGUGUUUAUUAGGUAGCCAAUCUAGAUCUUUUAAAACAAGUGUAAUAUUUUCCAAUAGUUUAGUACUGGUCACAAUUCUGGCAUCUUUAUUCUGAAUUGUUUGUAGUUGAUCUAGUAGGUAUUUUGGCAGAUAGUAUAAUAAAGAGUAACAGUAAUCAAAAGAUGACAUAACAAAAGAAUUAAUCAGUAAUUCUGUGAUCUAUAAAUGGUCGAAUCUUUCCAAUUUUCCACAGAAGGAAGUUUGCUCUUUUUGCUAAUGCUGGACACUUGUAUAUUCGUAUAUGUCAAUGUUUCUAACACAACAGUUGGUGGUAUAUUUAUGUUUCUAAUGGGUAUAUGAUUUAAAUUAAUGUUGUUCGUGUAGCCAAUUCUUGUGCUGUUAUCGCUUUCUUAUUUAAAGGAUUUGUGUGAUUAGCUCAAGUUAAUAUAGAAAUUCUUUGAUUUAAAAUAAUAUAAACAUUCUGUUAAAAUGGCGUUUAAGUGAAUAAAAUGAACUUUAACGUCCUACUUUUCUGGACCAACUAAGUCAAUGAAGACGGCGGAUUCAGAAGGACUCGCACAAACCUGUCGAAGUAAUACCUACAAUUUAUCUAUAUAUCUAAGUUUAUUCAAAUUUCAUGACCAAACACCUAAAAUGAAAUAUCUUGUACAUGAUAUAAUACCCUGUGAUUGGCAUCGCAGAUUUUAACUAUAACAAAAUGGCUAACCCCACAUACUUUCCGGGGAAGUAGUCUUGUCAAUCAUGGUUUGCUUUUCAAUUAAAUGUAUUUCUUAAACAAGAA